AUGCGACAGGUUUACAAUCAUCUGAGAGCGCAGGAUUUUCAAGUCCCCUGGUUUAGAAUAUUCUGUGGAAACAUUGCACGACCAAGAGCCCUUAUCACACUAUGGCUUGCUUGUCAUGGAAAACUGCCGACUAGAAGUAGGCUGUUUCGGUUUGGAAUUGUGAACUAUGCUACAUGUUGUUUCUGUUCAAAGGAAGAAACUAUCGAUCACAUACUUUUUGAAUGCAAUGAAACUAGUCGUAUUUGGAAGCAGGUGUUGGAUUGGCUUGGGAUCGCACAUGAUCCUAAACCUUGGAGUGAGGAAUUGUGUUGGUUAAUGCAGCAGUGCAGAGGCAAAUCAGUCAGGGCAACCAUGCUGAAACUAGCCUUAGCCGAAUCUGUCUAUGGUGUUUGGCAGCUGAGGAAUUCUGUUAGUUUUGACAAAGAAUUGGAUGCAACUAAAAUUGUUUCUAACAUUUUGGAUGUUAUUGUGUAUAGGGGGUGGACUAGUUUAAAACUUAGAUCACACAUAGCCCUUUUGAUGUUAUAG